GGGAGUUGUAGUUUAGCGAUGCAUGACGGGAGUUGUAGUCCGAGAAGGCCGAUGGGAGGCGGAAGGCCGCUACGGGAAUCCCACCGGGAUAUUUCAGGAUUCCAGCGGCACGGAUGGAACACGCCCAGCUACAGGAAAAGGAGGGAUCUGAGGAGGAUUUAACCAGGUGCCGACCUGUCCCGAGAGUGGGGAUGACAGGAACACCAAAUGCUGGCCGUGUCACCUGCAGCUGUCCCCAGGUUCAGCUCUGAACCCUCAGAGCUUCUGUCUCCACAGCACCAUGAAAUCUGGGGAGACCUCCUGUGGAAGACAUGGAUUUCCUGAGACGUGGGAAGAGUUUCGAAAUUUCUUUGUUUCCUACCCAAAACCCAAGGCUGUGGCUGGGGUGGGGAAGGUCCCCACCAGGCACGAGCCACUGCAGGCAGAGCUGGAGGAAAAACAAACCAGGAGGCACCGAAGUUCAUAGAUUUUAUUAAUCAGCGCCCAAUUGCUAUGGAAAAAGGGGGGUAAAUCCAGGAUCUGGCUCUUCUGAGCGAGGGACAGAGUGUAUUCCCACAUGGCAUCCUCUCCUUUUGCUGGCUGGAAAUAAUUCCUGGCUCUCUGGGUCAUCAUUUCCACCCAGCAUGCCCCAAAUUUCUCCUAUUUCACAUUAAAAGAAAACAACCCACCCCAGUUUACAAAUAAUAGUCCAAGCCCCCCAAAUCCCACACCAGCACCAUUUCCUUUUCAAGAGGAAAACCACAAUGGAAAAGUUUUGACAAUUAAUUCCACGUGUCUGUAUGGAGAGGCAACCCAAUAGCAGUAGAUAACUCAGGAUAAAUCCAAAUUCUGGCCCAAAUCCCUUCCUAAUGGAACUUCUUUCAUUGCAGGACAAAGUCUCUGGCCCAGCCAGAUUCCAAAUAAUUUCCCUGAUUUUGGGAAUAUUCAGCACCAGCAGGACGUUUUGCAGCCCCAUAACCAGCACAGUGGGGAUGCACAAGGCUGGGAGUGUGGCCUGGCCGAGGGGGUGAUUCCAAUUUAACUCCUUUGGGAUCACCCAGGGCUGCUGGAUUCAUUUAGUUCCUUCUGCUGUUUGCCACAGUAAAGCCAGCGCUGGAGGGAGAGGAGGGGAAAGGGCUUCACACUGAACAAGGUGCUGGAAUAGAAUUUAUUUAUUUUUAAUAUUCAGCGUUGCCAUGUGCUCAAUAAACAUCAUUUUAUUAACAGCCCAGCCUCAGCUGUCACCUGACUUGUGUCUUGACUUCCCCAAAUAAUCCAACCUCAUGUCCCAGAGCCCGGGACGGUUCUCAUUCUGACAGGAGCCAGGACAGGGAUUAAUUUUGACCCAGAGGAUUGCUUACUCCACUUGGAAAUUUAUUUCAGACGAGCACUUUGGUGCUUAAAACUUGAGUUGUUCCUGAUUUCUGCUUCUUGCCAUGAAACGCCUCCUCAGACCCAUUCCCAGCACCGGAGGAUAAUCCUGCACCCCUCAGGCAUCACCUCCCCGUGCCCAGCUCGGUGCGACCCCCGAAUUCGGGGGUCCUGUUGUGGCUGAGCCCUCUCCCAAGGGCACCCGCACUGCUGGAUGUGCACCGCGUCCGGAGGAAAGGGGUGGAUUUGAGGAUAAAGCGAGGACCGGAGCCGCUGGAUCAAGCACGGGCAUCCCGGCGGCAGCAGCUCGGCAGCAUCCCCGCCGCGCAGGCGCCGGGAGCGGCUUUUUCGGGCUAAAGCGCUGGAAAUCGGGGCUUUUCCCGGCGGCCGGCACUUGGGGAUGCUGCUGCCGGACUACAGCUCCCGGCGAGCCGCGCGGGCGGGCAGAGCCGGGCGGCGGGAGCGGAGCGCAGCGCAUCCCGCAGCGGGCACCGCCGCCUCCGCCCGAUCCGGCGAAGCCCGCGGCAGCCAUGGCGCUGGUGAAGAGCGGUUGGCUUUGGCGACAGAGCUCCAUCCUGCGCCGCUGGAAGAGGAACUGGUUCGUCCUCUACCUGGAUGGCAGCCUGGUUUACUACCACGAUGAGACGCAGCGGGACAUGGACGGCCGGAUCCACAUCAAGUACAGUUGCCGGGACGUGCGGAUCGGCCGCGAGUGCAAAGAUGUGCAGCCGCCCGAGGGGAGGAGCCGGGACUGCCUGCUGACCGUGGUGCUGCGGGACGGCUCCAAGACCACGCUGUGUGCUGAGAGCGAGGAUGACGCCGUUGCUUGGAAGAUGGCCGUGCUGGAGGCUAAAUCCACCCCGGUGCACGUGUACGACCCCUACGAUGACGACUACUACCAGACGGUGCCCCUGGACUCCCACCAGGCCGCCUACAUCAGCUCCGGCCACUACGGCCACCAGUACGGAGCUCCCGGGGUGACCCACGUCAUCGUGCGCGAGGAUCCCUACCGUGUCUCCGGGGACCAGAUGGCUCUGGGGCUGCUGGCAGGGGCUGCCACCGGCGCCGCCCUGGGCUCCUUCAUGUGGAUGCCGUGCUGGUUUUAGCGGCCACCAGGCUGGGCCACAGCCCCGCUCUGCUCCCCAGCCCCGCCUUGGAACCUGUCCUGAGCCCCCUUCAGCCUCCCCAGAACACCCUGGGGACAGACUCCCGCACAUGCCGCACUCCCAGCCCCGGCUCCUGCAUUAAAUAACGCUCAAGUGCUUCAGAGCCCACCCAAAACCCGCUCCAGAACCCCACAGCAUCCGAUUCCCAUCGGCAGAGGGCCCGGGCAGCUGCUGGGGCUGUUGGCAGAGCUUCCCCACCCCAAAUCUCCACAGGGAGCUGGCUGCAGAAAUACUGGGUUUGGGAGCAAGGGGUACACUUAAUUUGGGAGGAAUUGACUGGGUGUUUUUUUGGCUGGGUGAACCCCACAAUGCAGAGGCUUUUUAAGGGCUUUGUUUUGGGAGAGGCUCCAGCAUCAGAGCAGGAGCUGACACAGGGCAAAGCACAGGGAUGCUCAAGAGGUGGGUAAAAGAUUUAGGAGGAUGAAAACAUUUGCAGGAUUCCACUCCUUUCCAACUCGCACUUGUCCCCUGGGCAUGGCCAAGUUGGAGAAAUGGUGCAAAGCCCUCAGGAACUGGAGUUAAACCUUUGGGAACUAGGCCAUGAAGAGCCCAGGGAAUAUCCCAACCUCUCCAGCCAAAUGAGAGGAGCACACAGCAUCCUCAGUUUCACCCUGAUUUUUGGGAGGGGGAGAAGGGCAGCUCUCCCUGGGGACCAGGGAGCCUUUCUGGCAGCCAAGCCGGGAUCUUCACAGCAGGGAUUUGGGAUUGAGGGGGACACACAGUCAAGCCAGGGGACAAGCAGCAGCUCAGGGUUUUGUUUGGGCAAUGGAAGAGGCGAGGAACAGUUGCCAAGUGUCACCCCUAGAGCCAGGAUGGUAUCCUGGAAUGACUGACGUUGAAUUUAGGAAUUACAAACCCCACAGCUGCAUAGAAAACCACCAGUGACACCAGCACCCCAGCCUGUUCCUUCCUGCCUUUAGAGUCUUGGGUCAGCUCAUCCCUGUGCCCACUGGGGGAUUGGGAUAUCCCAACACACCAUCCUCAUCCUCUCCUGCAUUCCCUGCCUCCCUCCUGCUGCGCACCCGCUCCUGGAAAGAGAAAAAAAAAUACGAAAAAACCUCUUUGAAGUCUAAUAAAGGCAGCAAAAAACCAGCCCUGGCCUCUGGGUGAGUAAGGAUGAGGAGGGAGUGCUCAGCCUUGGCCACCUCUGGGCGUGGGGAGGAUUGUGUCCCCCUGGAGAGCUGCCUGGGGAUGUCACCAGCUCCCCUCUGCCUCCCUCCCUUUCCAAGUGGGAGCUCUGGGUGCGCACCUCCAGCUUCUGGGUGUGGCACAGUGGGCCCAAAGAGACAGAGAAGGGACAAAGCUGCCCCAAAAAUCCUGCUCCUGGGCAAGAGAAGCACUGCCGUGUACUGGCAGAGCAGCUCCUUCCUUUGCAUCACGGAUCCACAGGAUGAGGCAACUCCUUGAGAAGAGCUCGGAUCAGGGUCAGGCACUGGCAGCCCUGCCUGGGGCCUUGAGGGGGCUGAACAGAAUCCCUGGUUCUGUCUCCUGUGCAAAGCAGGACCCACACCUGGCUCCCAGCUUCUGAGCCAGGGAUGCAGCCCCUCCAUCCCUCUGUUGAUUCCAGCACAGACCCCAGCUCCCAAGGGCUGGAGAAGAGAAGGAUCCAGCUGCAGUGCUCACUCACUGGCACCUCCCCAUGGCACCGCCACUCCUGGGCCGCUGAUCCAGCACCCACAGCUACUCCUGCUGCAGGGGUGGGCACGGGAAUGAAACAACUCCCGUGACACGGGGCCACUGUCAUCAUGUCCAACCUGUGACACGUCCCAGCUGCGUGUGCUGGCAUCCCAAAAUCCCCACGUGCUGGGCUGAUCCCCCAGUGUGGGCACCAGGAGAGGGGGAUUGUGCCCCUCUGCCCCUGAGCUGAGGUGAGACCCCACCUGCAGAGCUGCCCCAGCCCUGGGGCCAGCAGCACAAGGAGCUGGAGCUGCUGCAGAGUCCAGAGGAGGCCCCAGAGCUGCUCCAGGGCUGGAGCCCCUCUGCUCUGGAGCCAGGCUGGGAGAGCUGGGGGUGCUCACCUGGAGAGGAGAAGGCUCCAGGGAGAGCUCAGAGCCCCUUGCAGGGCCUGAAGGGGCUCCAGGAGAGCUGGAGAGGGACUGGGGACAAGGCAUGGAGGGACAGGACACAGGGAAUGGCUUCCUACUGCCAGAGGGUAGCAUUAGAUGGGAUAUUUGAAGCUUUUCUGGGCAACCUGUGCCAGGCCCUCACCACCCUCACAGGGAAGAAUUUUACUCUAAUAUCGAAUUUACUAAUCCAAUAUCCAUUUUAUAAUUCACUGAUCAAGGUGCAUAAUCCCAGGUGAGACACACUGGGAAAUGGAACAAUCCGGAAACUUGUUACCAAUUGCAACAUGACCAGAAACUGUCUGUCCUUCCCAUGCCACGUCCAGCUGCUGACUUGCAAAAGCUCCUUUUCCCGAGCUCAGACACCCAUGCUCCUCAUCCCUGCAGUACCUGGACAUCCUGAAACUGUUCCUGCUUCCCUUCUGCUGUGCUGGUCUCCCAGAGAUCCAGGGACACGGAACAAUCCAGGCAAGGACAGUGCAGGACCAGCAUGUGCCUCCAGCAGCAAUUCCCGGGGUCUUCACACUGCCGAUGGGAACAGCUGUUGGCAGGCAGGCCCUGCACUAGGGAGCUAAAUGAAGGAGCAAUUAAAUAUAAUAUAAAUUAUUUUGGAAGCACAAACAAUAGAACCACAGCCCACAGAAGUACCUGGCUUGGUCUGCUCCACUCGGGAGGGGCUUCCCAGGAGCUCGUGGUGCUGACUGAGAGGCGCUGGGUAGGAUCAGAGGGACAAGGAGUGCUGAGGGACAGAGGUCAGGGCUGACCUGCUCCGUUCCCAGCUCCAAUCCAGGCUCGCAGCACUCCUCUCUCCCAGCAGGGAGAGCUGCUGAAGCUCCAAACACGGAGCAAAGCUCAGAACAACUCCAAAACCCCUCGGAAAAACGGGAUCCGCAGAAAGGAGCAGGCACAAGCCAUUAAUGCCCAUCAUACCCUCAAACUGCCUGGAAAAUGAACCCCACAGUAUCCCGUGGCAGGGGAAUCAGCUGGGGGCCACGUGGCCCUCGCUGUGAUCCAAACCCACCUCUCUGGAAAUCAAGCAGCUCAGGAAAUGCCAAUAUCAAACCUCCCAUUUCCAUCCAGCCCCCUUUCCCAAGCUGGGAUAAAUGCAGGAAAGGUCAGUGCCAAACCACCAGCACUGAGAGCAUAAAUAAAUCCCAUUUUCUCCCUUCCCUGCCCUGAAUCCGAGGACCCACUGGCUGUGGGAAAGACACUUCAGUGCUUUAAUUAGCAAUAACUUUAAUCAAGCCUUUAAUAACAUCCUCGUUCCAGACGUGCUCUCCGGGUGGCCGACAGCGAGCACUCAAAAUGGCUCUAAUUUAUAUCCAAACCCUCGGAAACAGGUGGCAAGCCUGGAAAAUUCGAUUGGGAAACAGCAACCCUCCCUCCCAACCCAGCAGGGCAGAGCUGUGGGGCAGCAGGAGCAUCAUCACCCAGCUGCUUCCAGCCCUUCCCAAUGCCUUAUCCUCCUGGGAAGGGCAGAGCUGCAAUUCCACAGGCGUUUAACUCCCGACACGCCCAAGCCUGGCCUUUCCAGCAUCGACCUGGGCAGUCAGCUCCAUUCUGCUCCUACAGGAGGAUCCUAAAUAUUUUAUAAAAAGCCACGUUUGACCUUAGCAUGUGCUCGGACCAGGGUGGGGAGGGGGAAAAAAUGGUUGAAGAAGGGGGAAAAUAAAAUCGGUAUUUUUGCCAAUUGAUGAAAAAUCCCUUAAACUGCUGAAGAAACAAUUCCAUUGGUGAAACCCCAAGCCCAGCAAGCCUGGAAAGGCCGGCUCAGGCAGCAGGAGAGCAGCAGAGGAGGAGGCAGCGCAGAUGGGAGGGAGAUGCUGCUCCGAGGUCCGGGUGUUUGCAGCUGCUUCCCUGACUGCGGGAGCGCUGGCAGCCUGUGCCGCAGCCUGCCCACCCCAUUUAUCUUCCUUCGGAGCUGGGACAUGCCCAGCAUGGAAAAAGGUGCUGCUGCAGCAGGUAGGGAGAGCCCUGGCGUUUCGGUUUGCUGAGUAUUCGGGAGCUGGAAGCAGAACUGCAGUGAGGAGACGGCUUGGCUGCUGCAGCAGCUCUGCAGAUGCCGCCAGGUGGAUACUGUGGCUCCUCCAGCCUGGAAAAAUCAGGGCUGAUCCCACCAGCAAGCAAAGAAGCCAUUGGUGCCCUCCAACCCGAGCCAGACUCUCCCUCUUGGAUUUUGGAGCCGGAGCUUGAGCCACUGCAGCCAGGAGCACCCUCUGGAGCUGGUGGGUGCCCCCCGCCCAUUCCCUGCUCCAUGGCAGCCCUGGCUUUGCAGUUUAAUCCAGACCCCUUCACCAGAGGGAAGCUGGGAAUUGGGGUACCAGAGGGAGGUGGGAGUCCCAAGGCUACCCACGGCAGCAGCCAGGAGGAACCCAGGAGGUGAACGCGGUGUUUCCAGAGGCUCCCCCCUAGGACAGGAGCUGGAGGUGCCAGCUGCAAGGAACCGAAGCUCCCCCCAGUGACAACAAGAACCUUCUUCAGGAACUCGUCCCCCCCACCACGACUCUUCCCACAUCCCUAAUUCCAGCACAUCACCACCACUAUGUUCCAGGUUCCUGACCAAUUUAUUCGUGGUCCUUUUAUCAGUGAAGAGCUUGACCAAGAGACCAAGGUUUGGGCACACACCAAAUCCAGGUAAUUCCCCUUCUCUACUGCCCAGGUUGGAUGGGGCUUGGAGGAACCUGGGCUAGUGGAAGGUGUCCCUACCCUCAGCAGUGGGUGGCACUGGAUGGCCUUUAAGGUCCCUUCCAACCCAACCAUGCUGUGGUUCCACGAUUCUCUCCUUCAGGAAAACAAAGGGUAACUCACCAAAGAGCAUCUGUUACUCACCUCCCCGACCCCGCAGACCUGGCUGCCAUCUCCAGCAAGAAGGAGGCUUGAGGAGGAUCCUCCUCAGGGAAGCUGGGCUUGGUGCACCCGUGUCCCAGGGAAGCUGAGGCAGUAGUGAGGCCGCCCAAGGUGCCUUUGGGAAGGGAGCAGAGCUGGAUGCAAGGAGCGGGAAAGGAGCAGAAAGGCACAGCUGCAGCCGGCAGAGGCCGGGCUCCGUCCCCGGCAUCGCUCCUCGGGCGCUGGAAACAAUGGCAGAGACACCGCAGCAACAGCAAACACACCCCUGCACCACCUUCCCCCUGGCACAGAGCCCCCCAAAAUUCUUCCUCCUGCCCUCACAAAAGCCUCCUGCCUCCUCCAGCCCCCCGUGAGGAGCUGCACCUCCCGCCUGCGCUGCGCUGGACGUGCUGAGAGAAGAGACCCAGAGCUUUCCAAUAAGACAGGUAUUUAUUUAGUUCAAGCACUAAGGAUUUGUUCUCUUGUUGUUGGUUCAUAUUAUCAAACAGAGCUGAGGUACCAGUGACAUUCCAACAUGAAGAAAAGGAACCUUUUUUUUCCCCCUUACACAAUUUCUUCAACUACUUUUAUCAAGACAAAACGUGAGGCAUGGAAUAGCUGCAUGAUGGACUGUACAACGAGCAAGCCAGAGCAGGGAGGAGAAAAGAAACAGAGCCGAGACCUUCACUCAAAAAAACCACACAGAAAUCAGCAUUAAAAACAUCUGUUCCCAUGGUUCCACUGGCCACGUCCACGGAGUAAAAGAAAAUUAAAAUCUAAAACCUGACAGGCGGAUGGUGAAAAAAAAAAACAAACAAAAAAACAAAAAACCAUAAACCAAAAUAAAAUGAAUCUGAAGAGCACGCUGCUCCUGUGCUCACCUUGGAAGUGUGCUUCCUCUGGAGAACUGGGACGAGGACAGGACUGAGCCCUGCGGUCACGUUAAGCACAGGCUAUCGGCAAGGACAUGCACUGAACGUACCUGGCUGUGCUGAGCAGCCCCAGGGGCCUCGUCUGUGCUCCUGCAGCCCCCUGGCCGUGCUGAACACGGAGCUGUGGGAACGCUGCUCUCCAGACCUUUGUUUCCAGUGAGUUCUGGACAAACCUGCUCUCAGGUCUUCCAGGAAAAGCAUCCAGGCUGCUAGUCCGUCACAGCCCGUAUGGGCUAAGCCAGCUCCUUAAAUCCAGUGCUUAAAGCUUGGGACUGUGGGAAGCAGAGGGGGCUGGUUCUAUCAGAAGCAAGGAAAAAAAAUAAAGGAUGUGCUUGUGGGGAACAGCCAAAUGGGGACCAACAGAAGCUGGACAGAGAACCAAAGGAGAAAAAAGCAAACCAAAGCAAAGGAAAAAGCAGCAGGAUGAAGCAUUUCAGCACGGUUAAGAACAGUACAACAAAGGAAAAGCAGCCAGGUUUCCUUCCCCCAGAGAGUUUCUUUUAAAUAAAGAAUGAUCCUUUGUCACAUAUCAUUGAUGUUUAUUUCAAGACAUGCCACGUCAAAAAAAUUCGCCUUUAAUAUUGCAUUAGAAAAGCACUUUUACAUCUCGUUCUGCCUUUACGUUAUUGUUGUGCAGAGUUGCUAGAAACCCAGGGCAGGGCAUGAGCCUGGCAUUCACCUCAGGAAUGAAGAAUUCCAACUCUUUUAUGCCCGCUUCCUGGGGAAAGUGGUGGUGAGGAUGAUUCCCUUCCUCUCCCCCAGGUGGUUAUUUUAGAUGGUAGAGAGAGGGGCAGAAGAGAACCAAGGAGGAGCCUGAAUAUUCCCUUGCAAUUGUCCAUUUAAUUCACAAUCGCAACACAGACUCGAGAAUUCCUUCCUGCACUGUAACUCGGCCAGAGUCGCCCAGCAAACAAUGUAUUUACAAUUGUGUUUAUUAACUUACACAGCAACUUCACAAUGACUAGUAAAGAUUAAAAGGGUGCACUUCUAGUGUGUUCCAUUCCGUGUUUCUCGGGUAGCUACAUCUCGCAACAUCAGCAAAGCUCUACACAGAUUCCUCAGCCAAAGGAAAACAACAAAAUCAGCACUGAAAGGAGUAAAAAAAUCAAAGCCGAGAAAUAAAUAUCAAAGGAAAAAGGGUUAAUUGUGAGCCUAAUUCCGUAGAAAACUAAAUUACUAAUUAUGUAACCAAACUAUACAGCUCUAGAGAACCAAACUAAACCAACCUGGAAGACUGAACAUAAAAAAAAAAAAAAAAAAAGAGCUAAAAAAUAAAGGCAUAAAUCUGCAUAAUCAGAAGUUGGUUUCCAUCCUACUCAAGUCCCUCCCUUUCCAUCUAAGAUGUCCCAACUAGGAUUCUGUAGGAUCAAAGUAAACACCCCUUCCCCACUGACUUAUGCCCGCGCUCUGGAAAAGCGGGUGUCAUUCCCCCUCUGCUGGGGCAGCCAGCUGCUCUUCCCUCUUUCUCCCAAAUUUCCAAGGUUUCAGUCGGCUUUGGCAGGUUUUAGUGCCAGUCCUGAUUUCAGUAUUUCCCCUAAAAAAACAAAGUAGCAAAAUGCUUUCUCCUCCAAACAGCUGAACCAUUACGUUCCCAUCUCUUGGGCAGUAAUAAUUCACUUCAUUGGUGUUCUACUUAAAAAAGAAAAAAAAAAAAAAAAAAAGCUCUGAAAACUCAU